UCCUGUUUUCGUUGGCUGCUCUCGGAUGGCUGCCACCGCUGGAGCUGCCGCUGUCUCUUAGUGCUGCUCCUCGCUCGGCUAGCUGAGGGCGGCGCGGCCUCUUCUUUUGUCCGGUUACCCUGCGCAUUGUCCCGAAGGGUGCCGCUUUUCCCGCGGCCGGCAGCAUGGGCCGGGAGUCACGCCAUUAUCGGAAGCGGUCAGCAUCAAGGGGGCGCUCUGGAAGUCGAUCUAGAAGUCGCUCACCUGACAAAAGAAGUAAACGUGGAGAUGACAGGCGGUCUAGAAGCCGAGAUAGAGAUAGAAGGAGAGAGAGGUCUCGUAGCAGGGAUAAAAGAAGAUCUCGGUCAAGAGACCGGAAGCGCCUGAGGCGUUCCAGAAGUAGAGAGAGAGAUCGAAGUCGAGAGCGAAGAAGAUCUCGAAGUCGAGACAGGAGACGCUCCAGGAGUAGAAGCCGAGGCCGGCGAUCCAGAUCCUCAAGUCCUGGCAAUAAAAGCAAGAAAGCUGAGAAUAGGUCUAGGUCCAAAGAGAAAACAGAUAGUGGGGAAAGUUCUAAAGAGAAGAAAAAAGACAAAGAUGACAAGGAAGAUGAAAAAGAAAAAGAUGCUGGUAACUUUGAUCAGAAUAAGCUGGAAGAAGAAAUGAGGAAGCGAAAAGAACGAGUAGAAAAAUGGCGAGAGGAGCAACGUAAAAAGGCCAUGGAAAACAUAGGGGAACUAAAAAAGGAAAUUGAAGAGAUGAAACAAGGGAAAAAAUGGAGUUUAGAAGAUGAUGAUGAUGAUGAAGAUGAUCCUGCAGAAGCUGAAAAGGAAGGAAAUGAAAUGGAGGGUGAGGAGUUAGAUCCAUUAGAUGCUUACAUGGAAGAAGUGAAAGAGGAAGUAAAAAAGUUUAAUAUGCGAAGUGUGAAGGGUGGUGGAGGGAAUGAAAAGAAGUCUGGGCCAACAGUCACAAAAGUUGUCACUGUAGUGACAACCAAAAAAGCAGUGGUAGAUUCUGAUAAGAAGAAAGGUGAGCUAAUGGAGAAUGACCAGGAUGCCAUGGAGUAUUCUUCAGAGGAGGAAGAAGUUGAUCUUCAGACGGCCCUUACAGGCUACCAGACAAAACAGAGAAAGCUUCUAGAACCAGUGGAUCAUGGAAAAAUUGAAUAUGAACCAUUCAGAAAAAACUUUUAUGUUGAAGUUCCAGAAUUAGCAAAAAUGUCUCAAGAGGAGGUAAAUGUUUUUCGAUUGGAAAUGGAAGGCAUUACUGUCAAGGGAAAAGGCUGCCCCAAACCAAUUAAAUCUUGGGUCCAGUGUGGAAUUUCUAUGAAGAUCCUAAAUUCUCUCAAAAAGCAUGGCUAUGAAAAACCCACGCCAAUCCAGACCCAGGCGAUUCCUGCUAUAAUGUCUGGACGAGAUUUGAUUGGUAUUGCCAAGACAGGAAGCGGAAAGACCAUUGCUUUUCUGUUGCCCAUGUUUAGACACAUCAUGGAUCAGAGGUCAUUAGAAGAAGGAGAGGGGCCAAUAGCUGUCAUCAUGACUCCAACUCGAGAACUGGCUUUACAAAUUACUAAAGAAUGUAAGAAGUUUUCAAAGACCCUGGGACUUAGAGUGGUCUGUGUUUAUGGAGGAACAGGAAUCAGUGAGCAGAUUGCUGAGCUGAAAAGAGGUGCUGAAAUUAUUGUUUGCACACCUGGUCGAAUGAUUGACAUGUUAGCAGCUAACAGUGGUCGGGUCACAAAUCUUCGAAGAGUAACAUAUGUUGUUUUAGACGAAGCAGACAGAAUGUUUGACAUGGGUUUUGAACCACAGGUCAUGCGCAUUGUGGAUAAUGUCCGUCCCGAUCGACAGACAGUUAUGUUUUCAGCUACUUUCCCCAGAGCUAUGGAGGCUUUGGCUCGCAGAAUCCUCAGUAAACCCAUUGAAGUGCAGGUUGGAGGCAGAAGCGUGGUUUGCUCAGAUGUGGAACAACAAGUGAUUGUGAUUGAAGAAGAAAAGAAGUUCUUGAAGUUACUUGAGCUUCUCGGCCAUUAUCAAGAAUCAGGAUCUGUCAUUAUAUUUGUGGAUAAGCAGGAACAUGCAGAUGGUCUUCUGAAAGAUUUAAUGAGAGCAUCUUAUCCUUGCAUGUCUCUUCAUGGAGGCAUUGAUCAAUAUGACAGAGAUAGCAUCAUAAAUGACUUCAAGAAUGGGACCUGCAAACUUCUGGUAGCCACUUCUGUUGCUGCCCGAGGUUUAGAUGUGAAACAUCUGAUUCUUGUAGUAAAUUACAGCUGCCCCAACCAUUAUGAGGAUUAUGUGCACAGAGCGGGAAGGACUGGAAGAGCAGGCAAUAAAGGUUAUGCGUAUACUUUUAUCACAGAAGAUCAAGCUCGCUAUGCUGGUGACAUAAUUAAAGCUCUUGAAUUGUCAGGAACUGCGGUGCCUUCUGAUCUGGAGAAACUUUGGAGUGAUUUCAAAGAUCAGCAGAAAGCUGAAGGGAAAAUAAUUAAAAAGAGUAGUGGGUUCUCUGGUAAGGGAUUCAAGUUUGAUGAAACAGAACAAGCUUUGGCCAAUGAGAGGAAGAAGUUGCAAAAAGCAGCUCUCGGUUUGCAAGAUUCAGAUGAUGAGGACGCUGCAGUCGAUAUUGAUGAACAAAUUGAAAGUAUGUUUAAUUCAAAGAAGAGAGUAAAAGAUAUGGCUGCUCCUGGAACAUCUAGUGUUCCUGCUCCAACUGCGGGAAAUGCUGAGAAAUUAGAAAUAGCUAAGAGACUGGCUCUUAGAAUCAAUGCUCAGAAGAAUUUGGGCAUUGAGUCUCAGGAUGUGAUGCAACAGGCCACCAAUGCAAUUCUCAGAGGCGGCACCAUCCUGGCUCCCACUGUGUCUGCAAAAACCAUUGCAGAGCAACUUGCUGAAAAGAUCAAUGCUAAGCUCAAUUAUGUGCCUUUGGAGAAACAAGAAGAGGAGAGGCAAGAUGGUGGACAGAAUGAAUCUUUUAAAAGAUAUGAAGAAGAAUUAGAGAUCAAUGACUUCCCACAGACUGCUAGGUGGAAAGUUACCUCUAAGGAAGCUCUGCAGAGAAUCAGUGAAUAUUCUGAAGCUGCAAUUACAAUCAGAGGAACAUAUUUCCCACCUGGCAAAGAACCUAAGGAAGGAGAGCGGAAAAUUUACUUGGCAAUUGAAAGUGCCAAUGAACUGGCUGUGCAGAAAGCAAAGGCAGAAAUCACCAGACUUAUAAAAGAAGAACUGAUCCGGCUGCAAAAUUCAUACCAACCAACAAAUAAAGGAAGAUACAAAGUCUUAUAAAAUAUUUCGAAAAAACUUUUUACCUGUGCUGGUCUGUGAUACAUGUGGCAGUUGUCUGCAGUUUACAAUGUAUUGUAAAUUAAGAUUUUUAAAAUUCUGUCUUGCUGAUUUUUUUAAAUACAUGAAACCAGUAUUUGCUAAAGAAAUCUUCUUUCAGUAAGUACCACCAGAAUUAUCAAACUAUAUUUAAAGCAGGCCUGUUUUCAGAGUAUGAUGCCCUUUAAUGUAAAGUUUAAAUACCAAUAUUUUAAAAGUCUGGAUAAAAUUCCAGAAGUUUAAAAAAAUGGAAAUAUUUGGACUUUCUAUCACCGGUAAUAAAGUACACAAGUCACUAGGGGCCUACUCACCAUAUCCUUUUGAAAUGAAAUUGUGAUCUCCUCAGAAAAGGUAAAAUUCUCUGAUAUUUUGUGUCCCUCCCCCCCCGCCCCCGAGCUUAAAUCUUACUUGAUUCAUUGGAACAGUAUGAACUGGAUUUAAGAAUGUUAUAAUAGAAUUUUUACAAAAUGUUUCAGAGUUUUUGUUUCAGUUUUUAUUAUCAUAAAUGCAAUAGUUGGACUGCUUUUCAGUUUUGUAAAAUUAAAGAUUUGUAGUAUAAGAGUUUUUUGCAUUUCUUUACACUGCAAAGAGUUUUAGUAUUUAUCACUUUUAAGUUCUCCUCACAGCUUCUAGUUCUAUGACUAGCUACUAACUCUUUUUUAAUCUUCCUUAAAAGGAAGUGAUUUGUAGCCUAUAAAUAUUGUUUCCUUUUCCCCCCGAAAGUGUUUGUUUAUACAUUUGUACAUAUAAACAUGCUACUAAUUUUAAUCCACAUUUUCUUCAAGGUUGUUGAAAAGGUUGUGAAUUUUCUUCCUUAAAAAUUUUCAAGCAUGAUGGUACCUGUGUUAUAGACUUAGAUUUAAGCAUCUCUCAGUGAAAAAUAGUUCACAAGAAGUCAUAAAUUAUAUUUUUGACCCCUCAUAUAUUUCCUGAACAUUCUAAUUUAAAUUGUUAUAAUUGGAUCACACAAUAUUCUUUUCAAGACUCCUGGUAUAUUAGAACUUUGUAUUAUUGUCACUUCUUGAAAAAAAAAAAAAUUCCAGGAAUUAAAUAGAUAGCUAUAUUUCUUAAACGAAGAGACAGCGAAGUUUCUGAAUAUUCUUAGAGUUUUUAAAAAAGAAAAAAAAAAAUCAAAGCAUACUAAAACAAAUCAUUUUUAAUAGUAUGUUAACUGGUUAAAAUGAGAAGAAGUAUCAAUCAUUAUUUCUUCAAUAUAAAGUUUUUUCUUACUGAAAAAUUAACAUAGAUAUAACUGGGAAAUAUUCUUGGGUCCCUUGCAUAUCUACCUUUCUUUCUUAGAAGAAAAAAACAGACAAAACACAUGUAACAAGAGAAUCAAAUAAACCAUUUACUCUAAAAUGCAGGCAUCUUGGGCUCCUUUUUUCCCCUCAGUUUAUUUAUUUGCUUAUUUUGAUUACCUAGUGAUAGUGUGUUUCUUUUGAUAGAAUAUGUGGCAUUCUCACAUUGGUGACAAUUGGUGCUCCCUUCAGGCUGCUGGAUCACUUUGAGAUUCAGAGUUUUACAUUGUUGUAGCAUUACUACCUUUAUGUUUGUAUAUCUAGUUGUAACAAACCACUGAUAGUAUAUUGUCCUGAAGUGAAAUCCAUUUCUCUGUUAUUACAGUUUUAGUGUCACACUGACUCUUUGAUUUUUAAAAUUUGAAUGAUGUAUAGACUAAUUUGUUUUUUUAACUGCAAUAUCAAUAUUUGCUCAUGUUUUCUAAAUUCCUUAUAAAAUAAAGUUAAUUCAACUUGCACUUUCCUAAAAUUAUCUCUGCUGAGAUGUUUUAUGCUGUUUUUCUAAUUUUGUUUACAUUGGUAGGCAUGUGAGAGAAGUAUUAUACUCUCUGUACCUAGCAACUCACUACCCAAAAUACACAGUUCUAUCCAAAAAUACCUUUCUGAAGAAGUCACUUACUCUUAGAUUGUGUUUGUAUUUGGCAUAAGACACAUAGGGUAUAGGUGAAAUGAUAGUUCAUGUCGCAGUUGGCAUUUUGCCACAGUGACACUCGCUUUUACCAAAUGGAAGUAUGGAAUGAAACAAUGAUGGUUAAGUUGUCUCCAAGUCUGUUUAGAAAGCUUAUUGUUCGAUAUAGCCUGUCUUACCAGCCUUGUUGGUGUACAAAUGGUGUUCAGCUGGCAGUCACAGUGUGCCGGAGACUGCAAUCCUUCUUUUGAGGCAGGCAACCCCUACAUGUGAGGAGGUUUCUGUUUGAGCAGAACCAGCUUUUGAGUACCUGGGACAUAUAAAUCCCAUAAAGCCAGCUAUGGGAUCUGCUUCUAAAUAGUAUAUCAGCGCCUGAAGAAUCACAAGCUAGAAAACCAAGCCUCCAGAGUUGUAACUUAGCUGAGUGUGAACUCUUUUCCCUGUGUGCCCUCCUUUCCUUUAUAAAACCAUCAGCUAAGGUCCUUUAGUGACAGAGAAAAUAAUGCUUAAGUUAGGAGCUAGGGGGAAAAUGGUAAUUGAAUUCUAGGGUAAAAAGCUACACUUCGUUUUGUAAAAUUAUUACUGUUUUUAGCAUUUUAUAGAUGGUGGAUGCUAAUAAGGUUUUUUAUAAUGUUUGUUUACUUUUGAGAGAAUGCAGCUGUGGGAGGGGCAGGGGCCGGGGGGUGGGGGGUGGUGGUGGACAGAGGAUCCAAAGUGGGCUCUGCACUGACAGGCUGACUGCAGCGAGUCCAGUGUGGGGCUCAAACUCAGAAACCCUGAGAUCAUGACCUGAGCUGAAGUUGGGAUGCUCAGGUGAGCCACCCAGGUGCUCCUGUAUGCUAAUAAGCUCUCGUAGCAGGCAAGAAUUGUAAGUAGCUUAGCCCAGUGUGAUCCUUGAGAUCUUAUGCUUCCUCUUAGAUUUGAAUCUGGAGCUCCCAUUUCUUCACAGUUUGGUACAUAGUUUUAUGUCAGAAUUGGAAUCUACUGGCAUUUUCUCAUGCCUUCUGCUUCUGGCAUUGAAAAGCUGAAGUUAAGCUUUAAAAAAGAUGGGUGUGUUGGGGCACCUGGGUGGGUCAGUCAGUUAAGCGCUCGUCAGACUUUGGCUCUGGUCCUUAUCUCACUGCUCAUGAGUUCAAGCUCCGCAUCAGGCUCUGUGCUGACAGCUCGGAGCCUGGAGCCUGCUUCAGAUUCUUUCUCCGUCUCUUUGCCCCUCCCCUAUUUGCAUUGUACCCUGUUUCUCUCUCAAAUAUAAAAUUAAAAAAAAAAGCCUUAAAAAAAGAGAUAAAUGUGUAAAUAUAAAGAGAAAGAGAGUGAAUAUAUGUGGAGGAGUAGAGGGGAUGUCUUAGCUUUUUAUUCAGUUUAGGUGAUGAAAUCAUCAGAAAACCUUAAUAAAAUCUCACUGGAGUUGGACGUUUAGCUUGGGAGUAUAAUCAUCAUCUUAAUAUUUUCCAUAUGUUCUGUUCUUAGGUGAGCUCUCCAGAGCUAAAGAUGGUACAGUUCCCUCACUAGGUAAAGAUUUUCUAGUGUUACCAAUUGCAGGUAUUUGAAGGUCUUCCCCUCCUCCCUGUCUUGCCCCAUAUCAACUUAAAUUUCCUCAGGCAGGAAUUCAGGUAGAAAUGUGAAGAAAAAUUGUAAACAAACUUUUUCUUGCAAAAUCCCUACAAUAUCAGUGGUCUCACUUUUAAAGUACUUUCUGGCUUAGCUGGAUGUAUAGGUAAGUGCAUACUAUCAAAUCACAUGACUGGCAAGGAAUUUCCUUUUUUUUUUUUUUUUUAAAGAUUUGAUUUUUAAGUAAUCUACACCCAAUGCGGAGCUUGAACUCACAGUUCUUAGAUCAAGAGUUGCAUGCUCCACUGACUGAGCCAGCCAGGCGCCCUGAGGAAUUUACUUUUGAUUAUUUUUCUUGACCUUAUUCUCUUCCAAAUAUGGCUUCAGGUUAUAGGACUUCAUGAUUUUGAAGCUGUAUCCUUUAAAUAAAAGAAAUUCUAAUUUUGCAUUAACCUUGGUGGGGGAGGGGGGUGAAUUUGAAAGAAAAAAUAAUAAAAGUUUUAACCCCUUUAGGGAACUGGAGCUCAGUUACCCUCUGAGAUAUUAUGAGGACUACUGUAAAAGCUAGAGUUUCAGAAGGAGGAAGUUCCUAAACAUUUUUAAUAUGUGGAUAACUGAUAGUCCAUGUUUUGAAUAUUAGACUCUUUUCAAUUUUGCCUAUUAUGGAAAAAAGACUAUGUGAAGAUUCACUAUGGAAAAAUGGCUCUUUGUCCACAGAAAAAGCAUAUCAUUUUAACUUGGCACUUAAUAAUAGAUGGGUUUUUAGCAGCUUGUCAACUCCAGGCACUUUUUAGCAGCCUUGCAUAUUAAAGUGUCCAUGGCCUUUAUUUCUGAAUUCCUAGCAGGCUCUCAGCUAUGGGGGUCCAGCAAGUCCAGAAUACUUGAAGGCAGCAUUUUCUCUCCUUGCCUUUGCCUGAGAGAGUCUUCUGUGAGCUGAGACUCCCAGAACUGUAUCGUAGACUUUUGCAAAAUGAGUCUUCCCUAUCACCUAAGCCAGCCCAGGGCCCAAGUCUCCAGUUUGGAAAGCUCAAUGAAAGAGCAGGUGAGUGAAUGCCUGGGAGCUUCAAAAAGAGCACAAGUUCUAAAUAUUUAGGGGUCGAGUGCUGCUAUUUAAGUGUGUCUGGGGUGGUAGGAUUCUGUGAUACACAUUCAAGUUUGAAAACUACUGAAAAUCUUCACUUGGUUUUGCUCUUGGAUUUUCACUCCGAUCUCCAAAGUGGGACAUGUAUUUGGAAAGCAGGAAGAAAAUACUAAAGCUAUUUGUGUUUCUUCUUAAAAAAAUGUUAGUAGCUUUUAUAAUAUAUUGUUUCAUGGGGUGCCUGGGUGGCUCAUUCAUUUGAGCAUCUGACUCUUGAUUUUGGCUCGGGUCUUGAUCUCAUGGCUUGUGGGAUCAAGCCCCAUGUCGGGCUCUGUGCUAACAAUGUGGAGCCUGUUUGGGAUUCUCCCUUUUCUUCUCUCUGUGCCCCUCUUCCACUAGGGCUCUCUAUGAAAAAUAAUAAACUUAAAAAAAAAGUUUCAUGACAUAUUGUGUUUAAAUAUACUGGUUACAAUAUUGGUACAACUGUACAUAGACAUAAUUAUACAUAAAUUUACUGUAUUGGGGGUACUUGAACAGCCAUUAGCCAUGGUUGCUUAAAUGUUUUAAAAUGUCUGCUUUUUCAUAUGUAAAUGGGAUGUGAAAAUACCUAUCUUAGAGUUGUAAGCAUGAGGUGAAAUAGAACAUUUAAAUUUUUUAAGCAAUGUUUAUUUUAGAGAGAGAGGGAAAGUGUGUGCGUGCGUGUGUGUGCACAUGCGUGCGGGAGAGGGGCAGAGAGAGAGGAGGCAUAGAAUCUGAAGCAGGCUCCAGGACCCAGGCUCUGAGCUGUCAAGAGAGAGCCCGAUGCCAGGCUCAAACCCACAAACUGAGAUCAUGACCUGAGCAGAAGAUAGACGCUUAACUGACUGAGCCACCCAGGCACUCCUCUCUAAAUAGAACAUUUAAAACAUACAAAGAUAGUGCCUGGCAUAUGGUAAGCAUCCAAUAAAUGUUAGUACUAUUGUCUAACAUGGGUGAAUUAGUGUGGGUUUUCUUAUGCUCUCUUUCAAUAUUGCUAUUACUUUGAAUACUGCUGUAAGCCAUAUAGCUAGCAAGGACAGUCCAUGGCUACUGAUAAACUAAAAUCUAUGAAGUGAGAUUCAUUUUUCUAUGUGUAUCUUUCAGUUUAAGUGAAAGUAUUUAGGAACCCUUGUUGCCCCAGUUCAGUGGUCUCUAGAGGCAGCUAGUUCCCAGCUCUAAAGAAAUACUCCUUUUAUGGCUUUCCUUAUGUAUGUGUACAGCUACCAUUUAUCAUUCGAAAAUCUUAUAAGUUGGUGGUUUGUUUAUAUGAUGUGGCCUACCCUGCGUCAGGCUGAAUGAAGGAAUGAAGAAUGUUGGGUUGCAUCCAAAUUGUAUUUCAAGGGUAUAUACUUUGAAGAAGAAAUGUUGGGAGAUAAGUUAAAGAGUGUGACAUUUAAAGGUAUGAUUUUCUUGAACGUGAAGUGAUGAUAAAUGGCUCUGCUCUUGAAAAAGCCUCUACGUUCAGGACCAUGUUUUAUCUGUGUGUACUGCGGCACCUCAUAAUUUCUGAGAUGAUUCUCAAAAUGACAGAUCAGCAGUUAACAUAUUUUGAUUAUCUGCUUGUAUUUUCGUCUGCCUCACCAGAAUGCAAACUCCCUGAGGUCAGAGACCAUAUUAGUCCUAUAUCCCCAGGACCUUGCAUUCAGUAAGUACAUGUUGAGUUGACUAGUUGCUUGUUCAGAGUCAUACAGCUAAUAAGUGGCAGACCUGGGAUUUGAAUCCACAUCUAUCAGGGUGCCUGAGUGGCUCACUCAGUUAAACGGCAGACUCUUGAUUUGAGCUUAGGAUAUGAUUGCAGGGUCGUGGGAUUGAGCCCCACAUCUUGCUCCAAGCUGAGUGUGGAGCCUGGUUAAGAUUCUCUCUCCCCCUCUGUUUCUCUCCCUGGCUCGCUGUCUCUCUUAAAAAACACAAAAAGUUAAAAAAACAAAAACAUAAAUCCACAUUUAUCUUUACCCAUUAGCUACGUUCAUUCCUUAUCCCUGUAAGGAGGACAUUGUUUUCAUUUCACAUAAAUGGCAACUUCUGAGAAGAGCAGUGACUUGCCCAAGGUACUAUAGGACACAAGUAGCAGAAAGGCAUUGAUACCCAGGAAUGACUUCAUCUGUUAUUCCAGCUAUCUGUCCUUUGGGUCUGCAAAUCAUCUGACCUUUUUUGUAUGAGAAUUUGAUUGUUUUCUUUGUUUUUUAAAGAGAGAGUAGGAUCCAGGGAGAGGGGCAGACAGAAUCUUAAGCAGGCUCCACACCACACUCCGUGUGAAGCUUGAUCCCGUGACUCUGGGACCGGUGCCCAAGGGGAAAUCGAGGGUCAGACACUUAACCAACUGAGCCACCCAGGCACCCCCUGAAAGUUUGUUUUUUAAGUGGUUUUAUGUACAAAUGCCAUUCCACACAAAAAUGUAAUUAGGGAUCUGGAAUGGUCAUGAUACAGUAUGGGAGUGCUACAAUGCAUUAUGAAAUUCCACUUCAAGUAAAAAAAGAGGACUUGAGUAGAGAAGACUUGCCUAAUGUUUUCUGGAAAGUUACUUAAUAUGUCCUCAAAUCUGUGUACUUUUUUUUUUUUUUUUAAGUAGGCUUUAUCCGGAGCGCAGAACCCAACACGGAGCUUGAACUCUGACAGUGAGAUCAAGACCUGAGCUGAAAUCAAGAGUGGGAGGUUUGGGGUGCCUGGGUGGCUUAGUCGGUUAAUCCUCUGACUUCAGCUCAGGUCACGAUCCCACGGCUGGUGGUUCAAGUCCUGCAUCGGGCUCUGUGCUGACAGCUUAGAGCCUGGAGCCUGCUUUGGAUUCUGUGUCUCCCUCUCUCUCUCGGCCACUUCUCUCUCUCAUGCUCUUUCUCAAAAACAAGUAAACAUUUUAAAAAAUUAAAAAAAAAAAAAAGAGUGGGAGAGGUUUAACUGACUGAACAACCCAGGCACCCUUCAUAUUUUCCUUUUUAUAUAUGAGCAAUAUAUAAUCAGUAUGUUAUACUGAUAUUAUACCUGUAUAAUCAGUUUUGUUUUCUAGUAUUUUAUAGAAGUAAUGAGAAUAUUUAGAAUCUUGUUACAUAACUAUGCCUGCUAGAAAAUGAAUGGGCUUGCCUGUUUUAUGUAUUAUAUUUGGUUUUCCUCCUGGUUUGUGUGUUCACCCAGGAAAAUUUUCCUACUGGCAACAGCACCUGGCCAAGUACUGUGCUCAAGGUAAAAUUCCGUGCAGAGAAUUACCUCCUCAAAGAGUCUUCGUUGCAUAGUCCAAAAGGAAAGGCACCACCUCUAGUCUCUGCACUACUAAAUAAAAUGUCUUCUUAUUAGCCUUUGUUUCUGGAUCCUCUCCUUUCUGAAUUCACAGCAGGAAGAACUGGGGAAAUUAAUCCCUUUUGCUAAUUGUCCUGUAUAGGGGGGACUGAUCUAUCAGAAAUUUCAUAAACGGGGGGGAGGAUUUUGAAAGCAAACUACUUGUCCCAUCCCUUCCUGUGAUAGUGGAAUGAAGAAUAUGGCAAUUCUGGUCUUGAGUGUAAAAAACUUUUUUAAAAGUAUAGGAUGUCCCACAAAAUGCUUUUCAUGAUCACAUGGCCCUAGGUCUGAGGCCCCAAACUCAUCUUAUUUGAAUAUUCCCCAUUUUGUUAGGUGGUCUCAUUCUACCCAUCCAUAAGCAGCUAAAGGGCAGAAGCUGAGCCCUUGUAACAUGCUUUAGACAGCACCUAACACAAUUAGGCAUUCAUCUUUUUGCCACCAUUAAUUAAAGGCACGCUUUUUGGAACAAGGCAGCAGGGUUCAAAUCAUGACUCCAUCACUUAGUAGUCCUUUAAUCUGAGAAAUGGGGUCAAGUAGUAGUUCUAACAUCUACUUGGAAUCACGAUGAAAAUCCUGUAAGGAAGCUGCAUCCCUUCCGGUGGGUCUCCAGGUCAUCUACAGCUCUGGGCCUGAACCACAGCCAGACCUGCGCGGUCCUAAGCACCGCCUCCUGUUCGGUCCCACGGCGCGCAAGCGCAGCCUGGCUCUGCCGGCUACCCUCCCCGAGCCUGCGUGCUGGUCGUCGGCGGGAGACUGGGUCUCGCGGUGUGCGUGUGCGUGUGCGUGUGCGUGUGCGUGUGCGUGUGCGUGUGCGUGUGCGUGUGCGUGUGCGUGCGCGAUUCUUGCGAGCUCGCGCACGCCUCCCUUCGCAGUACUGGGCUGUGGCGGCCUCUUCCUCCUGCGUUUGGGGCAGGAUCCGGAGUGGUGGCUGCGGCGAGAGCUGGAAGCCAGCGUCCACUUCGCCGCCACCGCCCUAGCUGCCUGCCCCUCUCACUUGGGCUUUUCGCGUAGUGCAGAGGCGGCGGGCUAGGAAGGGAGCGGCGCGGGCGUGAGGUUCCCAGCUGAUGGGCAACCCCUGGGCGCGUUGAGGGGCCGGGCUACCAGCGACUGAGAAAAUGAUGCAUCCUGUUGCCAGCAGUAAUCCGGCUUUCUGUGGGCCUGGCAAGCCUUCCUGCCUCAGUGAAGAUGCCAUGAGAGCUGCCGAUCAGUUUGACAUAUAUUCCUCCCAGCAAAACAAAUAUAGCCACACAGUCAGCCACAAGCCAAUGGCUUGUCAGAGGCAAGACCCAUUAAAUGAAACACACUUGCAGACUCCAAGUGGCAGAAGUCUAGAGAUAAAAGAUGAACUAAAGAAAAAGAAAAAUCUCAACCGAUCCGGUAAACGUGGCCGACCUUCAGGAACCACCAAAUCCGCAGGAUACCGUACCAGCACAGGCAGACCCCUGGGAACCACCAAAGCAGCUGGAUUUAAGACAAGUCCAGGCAGACCUUUGGGUACAACUAAAGCUGCAGGAUACAAAGUCAGCCCAGGGAGACCUCCAGG